AUGUUUGCACUUGGCACUGUACUUUGCCCCACAUCUUCACCAUCAGUGAUCGGGAACUAUUUAACUUUCUUGACGAUCCCAGGGAAGAUAGAGACCAAGAACUGGGCCGACCAUGGAUUCAACUUCUUAUGUGAAGGUGUUAGGCCGUUCCAAGCGAAGAAAGUUUCAUAUGUAAAUGGGUCACUGCUUUUUCUCCAACUAUUCUAUUUCGAUUCAAUUCUCCAUGGUGGAGUAUAUGUUGAUAAGUCUUUGGAUCCCAUUGUGUCAUGGGACAAUAAGUCGGUGUGGAAAAUGAUUAAAUGGGUUAGAAAGCAAGGUGGGUUUGAUAGUCCUACCGUUCAGGUUGUUUCAAAGCACCGUCCAACGAAUGAAGUGUCCGGAGUCAACGUUGAAAGAAUUGUUGAACAAGUUGCUAUCAGAUUGGCGCCGGUAAUACAGGCGGAGGUGAAGCGAUCAGUGUUGGAACUCACCAACAAGGUAAUGAGUGAAAUGAGAUCCUUCAUGAAAGACGCAAGACAACAUCUUCAUCCAGCACAUGAAGAUGUAAAUGAAACUGAGGACGGGGCAUUGAAAAUACGAGAUCAAGGUGUUGAGAAUGUUGUGAAGAAGAAGGGUGAAGAAUGUAGCCAAUUAAAGGAGAAAGGUGCAGUUGAUGAAAAAAAUCCUUGGACGCCAUUACCGGAUGGACAGAGUUUCAGUGAACCCGAGUGCAGAGAUGAGUACAUACGGUAUCGCCACUAUGCGGACUUAUGUGAAGCGGAAGAACAACAUCGAACUUUGGAAAGGGCCAAGAUAAGGGUAGCAAACAUCUUUCCUCAGCCAUGGUCAGCGCGAAUACCAUAUUGGGCCGCUGAAAAUGAAAGUAAACUUGUGCGGAUACCCCGUGGGCAAGAUAGCCCAGAUCUACCAUUACCUGAUGGUGUCACCCAUGUCAUUGCUGAAGCUGCAACCGAGCUUUUGGACCUAAUUGCUGGGUUGAAUGCUGUACUAUUUUCAACUGCAUCGGAAGCAAGCGUAGAGAUCAGGCGCCUACGGCAAGAGAUUGAGAAAUUGAAGAACACCUCGGGAACAACCAUUGCGAGUUCGGGUCUUGUUCAACACGUCGUAGAUGAUGAUGUAGAACAUGAGUUUCGCACAAAAUUUAAACAUGACAUAGGUAGAAAAGGAAAGACCAAACUUGUGAUACAAGAAGAGCAUGAAGAAGAUGAGGAAGAGGAAGAAGAGGAAGAGGAGGAAGAAGAAGAGGAAGAGGAAGAAGAAGAGGAAGAAGAAGAGGAAGAUGAAGAUGAAGAGGGAGAUGACGAGGAAGUUUGGAUCGAAGACGGGGAUGAGGAUGAGGAUGAGGAUGCGGAUGAGGACGGGGCCGUAGCUAAGGGUAAUCCGGAUGCAGAACAACACUCCACAGACCAAAAACGCAAAGGUGAGAAAAGUCUUCGUUCACGUACCCCAAAGAGAAAGAAAACCAUGUAA